AUGAAGCCACAGGCAAUUUUCAUCUCAUGCAUCUUGCUGGCUGCUGUCUGUGCAGAUAUUUUACAGAAUCCAGAUUUCGAGCUCCCGCCAUCCACCUGGAACACGACUUCGGCAUUCUUCACCUUGAACUCAAGCAGCACCAACCUGCCAGGAUGGACAUUUGAAGGCACUGUACAGUACGCAACUGCAGGGGAUGAUCUGUCUCUACCCGAAAACGGCCAUGCUAUGUUGUUAGGACAAGAUGGUAAAAUCAACCAGACUUUCACAGCAAACAAUGAAGGGCGAAUGCGGUACCUUUUGACUUUCACGCUGUCCAGACGGGCUCUAAACUGCAGCGCUAACGCGAGCCUUGUGAUUCCGGCACCUGAUAGUUCUGCAGAAUUUACCUUGAGCGGUAAAUAUGGUAGGGAGUUGUGGGAAGAUUACGGACACCAGAUAGGAAGCUGGGGAGAUGGCGAAGCCGUAAAUUUGGUGAUCGAAAGUCGAGCAGACAAUGAGGAUGAAAGCUCGACGUGUUGGCCAGUGGUCGAUGAUCUCAAUUUGGUCACCGUUGGAUUAGUGAAUCAAGAGAAUGGUAAUCUGCUGCUGAAUGGUGGUUCUGAGGUGGGCCCGCGUUUCCCAAAAUUCCCGAACAACGGCAUUUUACUGAAUUCAGAACCGAGCCUCACCGAGUCCGCACUUCCGCAAUGGAUAGUAACAGGAACCAUAAAAUACAUAGAAACGAAAAAUUACCACGUCCCACUAGGCAAUGCUGCUGUUCAAUUCGUGUUGGGAACCUCUUCAGACAUACAGACAGCACAAGAACUCAGUCGAGAAACUAACUACAACCUGGAAUUUUCACUGGGUGAAGCAAACCAGUCCUGCUCGGGUGAUUUUACAGUUGGGGUCGUGGCUGGAUCAUCUUCUCAGAAUUUUACUAUCCACAGCAAUGGAAAUGGGCUGGCCCAGAAAUACUCACUGGAUUUUCAAGGGGCUGGAGCAGGCCCAACCCCAAUAGGCUUCGAGAGCUACAGCACAGGACUCGGAAAAGAUGGAGUGUUUUGCGGUCCGGUUAUCGAUGGUGUUGUUUUGCGCGUCUCUGGUGAGUGCAAAUUGAAUGGUUGUUUGUUCGUAAUCUUGCUUUUCUGGCCCUUGUGGCGAUUGUAG